ACUAGUCAACUUUACGGUCUCCUUUGACUUCAAAACAUUCUGUUAUUGAUGGUCAUUAUCAAAGGUGAACUUGUAGAAAUACAGGGGCUUGCAGCAACGCUUAAUAACUGCGCUUUGUCUAUUACAGAUCAGUGACUGUAAACAAGACAGCUGGGCUAUUGAACGUGAAGUCACCAAAAACUGAAAUAUUAAUUAAAAUUCGCCCGUAAAGAAAUUUUGAAAACCAGUGGCUGUUGCUUGCAUUUGUUGGAAAAUAUUACAGCCGGAGAAAUAAAAUGUCUCAAUCCAGAAGACAUUGUCUGAUAAAGACACAUCUGAACAAGUGCAACUUUUUUUGACUCCAUCUUCCAAGUAGCCCUUGCUGUGUCUCUCUCCCUACAGUACUCAAGCCUUAAACAGCUUUCCACAUUGUACUCCCCUCUACUUUGCAGAGAAUCAGGAUGGACAUUCAUGAAAAGUCCAACUGCUACUACAACCGGACAGUGGAGUUCUUUUACAACCAGGCCGGGAAGAACAUCAGCUCAGAGUGGACCACACGUGACCAGGUUGUGGUGGGGCUGGGCCUCACCGUUUCUGUUAUCGUCAUCUUGGCCAACAUCCUGGUUAUGACUGCUAUCAUAAUUAACCGUCGGUUCCAUUAUCCGAUCUACUACCUCCUGGGCAACCUGGCUGCUGCGGACCUUUUCGCCGGCCUGGCUUAUCUGCACCUGAUGUUCCACACGGGUCCCUGGACCAGCCGGCUCACCGUGUACAGAUGGUUCUUGAGGCAGGGUCUGAUUGACACCAGCUUGACCGCAUCAGUGGUGAACCUGUUGGCUGUGGCUGUGGAGCGGCACCAGUCAGUGUUCACCAUGCAGCUUCACAGCAACAUGAGCAAGAGGCGGGUGCUCUCACUCAUACUGGGAAUCUGGCUGGUGGCGCUGCUUUUAGGGCUGGUGCCCAGUAUGGGUUGGCACUGCUUAUGCCACCUGCCUGAUUGUUCCAAGAUGGCGCCACUGUACAGGCGCAGCUACCUGAUCUUCUGGGCUGUGCUCAACCUGCUCACGUUCUUCAUCAUGUUGGCCGUCUACACACACAUCUUUGUGUACGUGCGUCACAAAAGCCGCUGCAUGUCUCAGUACACGAUGCAGAUGAAGCACCAGGAAACAGUGGUUAACCUUAUGAAGACUGUCUCCAUGAUCCUGGGUGCAUUUGUGAUCUGCUGGACCCCUGGCUUGGUACUCCUGCUACUAGAUGGGCUCCACUGUGAGGCCUGUCAGGUACUGAGAUACGAGAAGUAUUGCCUGGUUCUGGCUGAGUGCAACUCGCUGAUGAACCCCAUCAUCUUCUCAUACCGGGACCAAGACAUGCGGCAAACCUUCAGACAGAUUCUGUGCUGCUGGUAUUGGCGACGACAGCGCAGCCGGGGCCACCAGGGGGCGACACUGGGGAUCCGCUUCAACAGCCAGGAGGAGGAGCUUGACAGAAACAAGCACACAAGCACCAUGACCAAUGGCACCAGGUUCACCUUGGCCAACAGCAGUGAGAUGCUCUCCUCCUCAGAGGGCUGAGCCUGUCCUUCACUUGGAGGAUGGCCCCACUGGGCUGCCCCGCCCUGCACUGUGUGCUGUACUGGCAGCCCCUCCCCCAUGGAGCGAAUGCGAGGGCUAGUCCCAGCAGAUGCUUCUGUAAAUAACGUAAGAGCAUACCGCAGAAAUGAUUUGUAUGUAAAAUAGACAUUUCGGCAAGUAUGAAGAGGCACUUCUCUUAUAAUGAGGUACUUAAAUAAAUCAGAGUAAAACUAA